GUGACUAAAUAAGAGCGACGUCAUGCUUCGCGCACCCAAGUAUUGGGCCCUAUAAAUUGGCGCUGGUUUUGUGAAACUCAAAGUUCGCGCGUCAGUUGACCGUCCGUAUUUCGCGUGAGUCGGAAGCCGCUCCGUAACGGGGAAAAAUUGAAAAAAAUACCGAAUAAAAGUAUGUUUCCUGUUCAUCUGGUCGCAGUUCGGUUGUUCAUUCGUUGAGUCGAGACUUUUGACAGUUUUGAAAUUUUCGAAAUGGAGUAUUUGAGCUUUGAUCCGAAAAGUAAAAAGCUGACGCUGGAAGAAUGUGCUAUCCCUUCGCCAGCUGAGAAGGAAGUUCUGAUCAAAGUUUCAUAUUCUGGGAUCUGCGGUACGGAUUUACACAUUCUCGACGGUUCCUUCCCCUGCAAAGAUGGUCCACUAAUUUUGGGUCACGAGUUCUCGGGUUUCGUGCAGGCCAUCGGUUCGGCGGUAACGGCUUUUGAGGUCGGCCAAAAAGUUGUCGCCGAUCCAAACACUGGGUGCAAUACUUGCGAUUUUUGCCACGGUGGUAACUACCACUUUUGCAGACUCGGCGGUAUUCAUAACACCAUUGGAAUAUUUCGUGAUGGGGGCUGGGCUACCCACGUCCUAGUUCCCGACUCACAAGUACACUUAGUGCCGGAGGGAGUGAAACUACCUCAAGCAGCCCUAGUCGAGCCAUUGUCCUGCCUGGUCCACGGCUGGGAUAUAUUAAAUCCGGUCCACAUUGGGACGAGAAUUUUGAUACUAGGAGCGGGAAUAAUCGGUUCGCUGUGGUCGUGUCUCCUCCAUCUCUACGGUCAGCGAAAAACAGUAACGAUUAGCGAGCUGCAGGAAAAGCGAAGACGACUGUUCGAAAAGUUGGAUUUGGGCUUCAAGGCGGUUAGUCCGGAGGAUUUAAAAGGCUCGGAGUUCGAUCUAGCGAUAGACUGUAGUGGCUCAGGUCCCGCUCUGCAGGAAGCUUUGACCCUGCUGGGCAGAGGAGGACGGCUCUGCGUUUUUGGAGUCGCCAAUCCGAAUACAGAAGUCAAGUUCAAACCGUUCGAGGUUUACGCGAAGGAAUUGGCCAUUGUCGGCGUGAAGAUUAAUCCAUUCACCUUCCCGAAAGCCUUGUCUUUGAUAACGGCUAUGGCCGACUCUUAUCUCGACUACGAAAAACUAGGAAUAGGUGUCUACUCGUUGAAACAAUACCAGGAGGCUCUGACUGCUCUGAGGAAUGGUGAUAUUAGUAAAGUCGUAUUUAAAUUUUGAAUAUAUAUUAUAAAUCAGUUGUCACGUUGUAUUACCAGUAAAUUGCGAUCAGUUAUCGUAAUAUUAAACAGCCAAUUUUUCUAA